GCCACCCACACACACACAGCCACCCACACACACACAGCCACCCACACACAGCCACACACACACUUUCACGUGGUUCUCUGCUGCUUCGGAUUAUUUUCUUAAUGUCACAAUUUCUCUCCAUCACGAGCCCCUCCUUCACACAUUCACGCAGACACUUUCAUCUGCGUUUUCAAAACGUAGUCGCUCUCAGUCCGUUGCUGCCAAGCUGCUCCGUUAAGCCAACCAGAACCUGCGGGGGCAUUGAGUGGAAGACAAGCCAGACUGGAUCAUCUCUGAAGAUCACCACUCUUAUCUUGGACUUCAAUGUGUUUACUGUCAGGAAGAAUCCACUUGGAAGCCAAUCAACAAGAAUCAGAAUCCACUAGCAAGCCAAUCAACAACAAGCAGUGUCCCAUACUGAGUUCUUAGAGGGUUCUCUGUGAGUUGAUGAUCCGAAGGGGAAACUGGGCUCUUAACAGCACCAAAGUUUUUGAUUGGGUAUGUUUGCUAUUCAAGGUGCAGCCUGAACAAGACCGUUGGUUUUCAUUGGAUAUUUCUGCUAUUAUCCACAACAUGGACUCCACUAACGGUGGGCUUUAAACAUUACCUUGACUAUUAUUGGAUACCUCUGUUACUGAAGGUGGGCUUUAAACAUUACCUUGACUAUUAUUGGAUACCUCUGUUACUGAAGGUGGGCUUUAAACAUUACAUUGACUACUGUUGGAUACCUCUGUUACUGAAGGUGGGCUUUAUACAUUACAUUGACUACUAUUGGAUACCUCUGUUACUGAAGGUGGGCUUUAUACAUUACCUUGACUACUAUUGGAUACCUCUGUUACUGAAGGUGGGCUUUAUACAUUACCUUGACUACUAUUGGAUACCUCUGUUACUGAACAGGGACCAAUCUGUGCGAUAAAGAGACUUGGCCAGUCAAUCAGUUGAAUCAGGUAUGUCUGAGUCGUUGAAGACGGGGAUGGAUUUGCCGUGUGUGUCUGACGGGGUUGGGGAUCGUGUGAGGUCAGACAGCACGUCCAGCACAGCCUCCCAGGGGUCAAAGGGCAGGUUGUUGCUCCGACAACGCCUGUCACAACUGCUAACCUGCGUAGAAGACUUGAGCUCUGAUGAUGAGGCUAACGAGGAAGUGUCCCGCACGCUAGCCGAAGCCUUCCAGCUCUGUGGAAACAUCAGCCCUCGAGAAACACUCAGGCUGCACAUGGUCACAUGGAAUGUGGCAACAGCAGAGCCCCCUGAUGAUGUCACUUCCUUGCUGUAUUUGGACACCCAGCCCACCACUGACCUCUAUGUGAUUGGUCUUCAGGAAGUGAAUGCUGCUCCUCUGAAGUUCCUGUCAGACUUGCUGCUGGAAGACUCCUGGAGCCACCACUUCAUGAACACACUGGCCCCCAGAGAAUACAUAAAGGUAUCUUCAGUGAGAAUGCAGGGUCUGCUGUUGUUGGUUUUUUCUAAGAAGAUUCAUGUCCCCUUCAUCAGAGACAUCCAAACCACCUACACUCGCACUGGCUUGUUUGGCUACUGGGGAAAUAAGGGGGGCGUCUCGGUGCGUUUCUCCCUCUAUGGUCACAUGAUGUGUUUUGUUAACUGCCACCUGGCGGCUCACAUGGACUACGCUCUUCAGCGCGUCGAUGAGUUUGAGUACAUCCUGGAGACCCAGGACUUUGACCUGGUCAACACACCUUCUGUCCGAGACCACAAGGUAGUGUUCUGGUUUGGGGAUCUGAACUUCCGUAUUGCUGACCACGGCAUGCACUUUCUCCGUUCCUCCAUCAACAGUGGACGCUUCAACCUGCUCUGGGAGAGGGACCAGCUGUUGACAAUGAGGAAGAAGGAACCAUUCCUCCAGGAGUUUGAGGAGGGGCCUCUGAAGUUCAAACCUACAUACAAGUUUGACCUUAACUCUGACACCUACGAUACCAGCUCUAAGAAGAAAUGGUUGGGCUUUAAUGGUAAGAAGAGGAAACCUGCAUGGACUGACCGCAUCCUGUGGCGUAUCAAGCCGAAAAACACUCCUGCUGCAGAGGACAAGGAAGAGGGCUGGGCCUCAACAUCCACCCAUCACUCGGAUGAUGGACAGGACGAGUAUCCAAUCAAAGUGCUCCAAGACACCUACACCUGUGACCCCAGCUACGGGGUCAGCGACCACAAACCUGUUAUUGGAAUCUUUGACCUGGAGAUGAGGAAGCAAAGUGACUGCCCACUAGUCUGUGUCUGUCCUGAGGGCCAUUGGAGUGCUGAUCAGGAAGCGGUUGUGUCCUACACGGUCCUGGAAGACUUCCUGUCCUCCACAUGGGACUGGAUAGGCCUCUACAAGGUGGGUUUUAAGACUGCAUCAGACUACGCCACCUACAUCUGGGUCAAAGAUCAACUGCCAGAGGUCAACGAGGUCUUGAAGGUGUGUUUUAAUAAGAAGGCGGUCCCUGCACUCAGUGGAGAUUACGUGUUGGGGUACUUCAGCUACAACAUGCAGAGCAUUGUGGGACUCAGCAACAACUUCCAGAUCAUAGAGUCUAAGAGGGCGGUCAGGGACGGACUGGUUCCGCAGGACGUCAAUGGGAUGAACAAAUAAAUCCCACACGUCGUGACACAUCAGGUGGCUGACCCCGAAAUAUAAACCCUGCUGCUGAAAUCCAGACUGUGCUGACACGCGAACACACACCUGAGGACCUGAAUCUGCGUUUUCAUAGAAAACACAAACAGAAUAAAAAGCUUUUCCCUAAAUAACAUGAGCCAGUAUUAUGAGGCUGGAUCAGUGAGUUAGUUAGCUAACUUUGAUAAACAAUCACUUUUAUAUUUUUUUAAUCAUUACAAAAGCUGAUCGCAGAUGUGUUUUUGUUUGUUCCAGAAUGUCCAUUUCAAGCACAUCUUUAAAUAUUUAGCUGAUUGGUCCUUAUAUUAUAUACCAAGGGUAUAUGUAUCCGGUUAGCUGAUUGGUCCUAAUAUCGUACUGACUCUGGGGUAUAUAUAUCGGGCUGGCUUAUAGGCUCUGUGCACAAGCGUAUGGACAAACUUCCGUUUUAGCCAGAAGUCGGCAUAUCAUUUUCCGGUUUACUUAAGGCGAUCACCCGGGUCUCCCAAAAUUUCAGUUUUUAGUAGAUGUC